ACAACAAAUGAAAAUGACUUCAGAUAUGUAUAAAAGACACGAAGAUAUGAUUCAAGAAGAAAGGGAUCGAAGAAUCAAUGAUUUAAAGUCACAGUUAAGUCAGAGCGAGAAAGACAUGGAGGAAAUGCGUGGAAGACAUGGCGACAGAGUUGAACACUUGGAGAGCGAAUGGCAGCGAGAAGUGGAGAGAUUGAAAGCAAUGCACUCCAGUGUCACCCAAAAGCUGUCCGAAGAACACGAACACGACUUGUCUCGGAUCAGAAAAAUCAAAGAACACGAAAUAGAGUCCGUGAAUGCCCUCCAAAAUCACGGCCUCUCACUGGAGAGCCUACUAUCAAAGUGGGAGAAAAGCGCCGCACAUAUCGAAGAGUUGCAUAAAAAUGUGAUCUCAAAACAAGAGGACAUUCUUAAGAACAAAUUCACUGACAUUGAGGUGAAGAACAAACGUCUGGAUGAGGUUGAGGUGAACUGGCAUUCGUUGGUCAACGAGUUGGAAGUGGAGAGAAGUCGAUGCAGUGAUGAGCAGAAAAAACUAUACGAUACUAUUGAACAGCAAAAACAAUUAAUACAAAGCGAACAAAAGAGACACUUUGAAGAGCGCCUGGAGUUAGAAAGGGAUAGAAAAAAGUUGACCGAAGAGAGGCUCACCUUUGAUGCCGAAUGCAAUCGAUUGAGAGAUAAUAUGAGAAAAGAAAACGAUUUAUUAGCUGAAGAUAGACUCAAAGCGAAAGAGGAGUUCACGAACUUAGAGAUGAGAAGAAACGAACAGAACAUAAAAGAAUUGGAUUCACAACAGAAUCUCAAUAAAGAGAGAAACGAAAUAAAGUUAUUGUUUAGAGAUAUUGAAGAAAAGAGAAAUACUUUACACAAAGAAGAGUCAGCUAUACAUCAAAUGAGGAUAUCAUUACAGAGCGAACAGCACUCUCUGGAACAGAGGAAACUCAUGUUUGAUAUGGAAAAGGUUAAAAUGCAAGAAUUGGCUCAAGAGAUCGCCAAACGAGCCGAAGAACUCGAAAGUUUGGGCGAAAUAGCAUUGCAUGAGAAACGAGAGGGACAUAUGGCUAUGGAUGAGGCGGAGAAGUUCCGCAUUGAGUUGGACUCCAAACUCAAAUUCAUUGAAAAUAGUUUCACUAAAUUGAGAGAAGAAGAGGAGAAACUCAAUAAAUUAAAAGUGAAAGUUCAACAGGAAUUGGAUUAUAUAAAAGAGACUAAAGACAACUAUGUUUGCAAUUUGUGCUCCUCUGGACUCAAUAGAGUAAGAAUGACGGGAAUGACCAAAAACUCGAUCCCAGACUUUACAAACCUGACGCCAUUUUACGCCCCAAACCAAUGGUCAGGAGUGCCGGACACGGAUCGGGCGCUACUUAUUUGGCAGAUCACUGGCCAACAGGACGCGGCACUCCUCGAACAGGAGACCGCCUUUAUUAAUGGUAUCCGCACUCAAACACAAACCACUACUGGCUAUGCCUAUCAGCAAAACGAUUACUUCAUUGAUCACAACAAUUGAUCCCAAAAUUUACAAUAUUUUCUAAUCUAUAUUUUACCAAAUUUUACAAUUAUAUAAUACUUUUACACAAUAACUGCUAUCAAACUGUAGGACAUGUAUACAAAAAAUAAGAC